GGCCCCGGGAAGAAGCCAGGAGCUUCCCCGAUGGUGCCACCGCUUCCUCCGAGCCGGAGAGGAGCGGCCAGGGGGCAGCUGGGCAGGAGCCUGGGUCCGCUGCUGCUGCUCCUGGCGCUGGGACACACGUGGACCUACCGAGAGGAGCCAGAGGAUGGCGACAGAGAAGUCUGCUCCGAAAACAAAAUCGCGACGACCAAAUACCCGUGUCUGAAGUCUUCGGGCGAGCUCACCAUGUGCUUCAGGAAAAAAUGCUGCAAAGGGUAUAAAUUUGUUCUUGGACAGUGUAUCCCAGAAGAUUAUGACGUUUGUGCUGAGGCUCCCUGUGAGCAGCAGUGCACAGAUAACUUCGGCCGCGUGCUGUGUACUUGUUACCCAGGAUACCGCUAUGACCGGGAGAGACAUCGGAAGCGGGAGAAGCCAUACUGCAUGGAUAUCGAUGAGUGUGCAACCAGCAAUGAGACACUGUGUGCGCACAUCUGCACCAACACCAUGGGCAGCUACCGCUGUGCAUGCCAACAGGGUUACAUCCUGGAGGAUGACGGGAAGACAUGCACCCGAGGAGACAAGUACCCCAGCGACACUGGACACGAGAAGUCUGAGAAUGCAGUUAAAGCUGGGACUUGCUGUGCCACGUGCAAGGAGUUCCACCAGAUGAAGCAGACAGUGCUGCAGCUGAAGCAAAAGAUUGCACUGCUCCCCAACAAUGCUGCUGAACUGGGCAAGUAUGUCACUGGGAACAAAGUGUUGGCCUCAAACGCCUACCUUCCAGGCCCUCCCGGCCUUCCUGGAGGCCAGGGCCCACCCGGUUCACCGGGACCCAAGGGGAGCCCAGGCUUCCCCGGUAUGCCAGGUCCUCCUGGGCAGCCUGGCCCACGGGGCUCAAUGGGACCCAUGGGACCUUCUCCUGACCUGUCCCACAUUAAGCAAGGCCGGAGGGGCCCUGUGGGUCCACCAGGGGCACCAGGAAGAGAUGGCUCUAAGGGGGAGAGAGGAGCACCUGGGCCCAGAGGGUCUCCAGGACCCCCAGGUUCUUUUGACUUCCUGCUCCUCAUGCUGGCUGACAUCCGCAAUGACAUUGCUGAGCUGCAGGAAAAGGUGUUUGGGCACCGGACUCACUCUUCAGCAGAGGUUCCUUUACCUCAGGAAUUUUCCAGCUACCCAGAGACCAUGGACUUCGGCUCUGGAGAUGACUACCAGAAAAGAACUGAGGCAAGAGACGUGGGAACUCCCAGAGACUUUUAUCCAUAA